CUGAGGGCCCUCGGGCUGAGCAGUCAUGUCGCACAAACAGAUUUACUAUUUGGACAAAUACGAUGACGAGGAGUUCGAGUACCGGCAUGUCAUGUUGCCCAAAGACAUAGCCAAGCUGGUCCCUAAAACGCAUUUGAUGUCUGAAUCUGAAUGGAGAAAUCUUGGCGUUCAGCAGAGUCAAGGAUGGGUCCAUUAUAUGAUGAUCCAUGAACCAGAACUUCACAUCUUACUCUUCCGGCAGCCACUACCCAAGAAGCCAAAGAAAUGAAGCUGUUGAACCACCUUUCAAACUCAAGCUUUACACAGCUGUCCUUCCUUCCUACACCUU